GAUACAAAGCAGAUUUAUUCCGCAAACUCUCCACAGUAAGGCUCUCGCUUGUGUGAUGCUGGCGGAACAGGUUCGUGAGCGCCGCGACGCUGCCUUGGAGGGGGACUCUCGCGCUGCUUUACGACUCUAGCAAAGGCGGUCUUGAGAUGCUUCACUGAUCGCCACGCCACGCCACGCCACCCUUCAUCUGUUUUAUUUUUCGCAGCACCCUACAACCCAGGAAGCAGCAAUCUGCAAGCAGCAAGCAGCGCGUACCCGAAGCAGCGCGCACCCGAAAGCAGCGCGCGCGUCCCCUUUCUUCAGCUCACGCGCAAUCCUCGUUUCGAUCGAUCGAUCCAAUAGCCGCCAUCAUGGUGUCAUCGGGAUCGAUCUACGGAACGCGCCCAGCCGCCCACUCCCACUCCCACUCCCACUCUCAUCCGCUCUCCCACUCCUCGCACAUCCCUCCCCCUCACGCGCACGCUCCCCUGCGCCGAUCGCGGCCCGCCGCCGAGGAGCGUCUGUUCGGGCCGCUUAAAGCGGAGCACGUGCUGUGGAUCAUCGGGAUACUUCUCUUCUACUUCUACGUCUGGGGUAGAUUAUUCGGCGGCCACUCUCGCGCGCACUCGCACUCCCCCGCGCAGUCACAGGCGCAGGAAAAGGCGCACGGAAAGGCGCACGCGCAUGCUCCGCCAUCGCCCGGCGGAUCGCCGGCCGUAGCGCAUAAUAAAGCCGCCGGGUCUUCCGCUAAGCACGGCGCGCGGAGCCACUCGCCGGGCUCCGCCGAUUCGGCGCAUGGCGGACUGGCGGGGGAGGCGGAGACAAGAGGGCGAUCGGCGCUGGAGGCGGGGAAGCUGCCACGUGGGAAGAGCAGUGAGGGCAAAGGCCCGCCCUUUGUGCACCAAACUGUGGGCACUCCGCCUGCAGGGGGCGCACAGGGCGCGGGCAAGGAGGAGCAGCAGCAGCAGCAGCAGCAGGGGGAGGAGGAGGAUGGGGAGUACGAGGUGCCGUACAUUGUGCAGCGGUUCAGAGCAGGAGUGAUCGACUGGCAUGACUACGUGCCCCAACCCGCGCUGCCCCUGCAAUCCGACGACUCGCUGUAUGUGCAGGUGCGGGCAGCAUACGGGCUGCACCUGCUGGCGCAGGCUGAGGCCAAAGUGGCGCGCUUCUUUGCUGGGGACGCCUUCCGCCACAAGAGGCAUGGCCCGCUGCUCGACCACAGUGUGUGCGGAGUGCUGUCAGACCCGUGCGCCGUGCACUCGUCCCCUUCGGCCUGUCUGUGGGACGGCUUCUGUGCGUGGUGCCGCAGCACUGCCGUGUGCGUGGACAGGGCCACCCCCAUGGCCGCUGCGUGCGCCCCUCACCUGGACCAGCGAGACGUGGCGCCGUACCAAGACCGCAUCCUCAGGGAUGCCGCCAAGUAUGUGCGGGUGGCAGCAGGAGGGGAGAUAGAGCACCAUGUACCAGCAAAGCAAAAACCAGGGCCUGCCGCUGCUACCACUGCUGCUGUAACCGCUGCUGCUGCUGCCACUGCGGUGGACAGCAGUGGCAGGAGCAGCAAUGGGAGCUCGGAGCCCCUCUGCAAGUUCAUCAUUCCCGGCCACUUCCAGUUCCUGGCGCUGGACUAUGACGAGAUGUACUGGCACUGGCUGCUGGAGAACUUUGUACCGCUGCUCGCCGACAUGCCAUACGCCAGGCUCAGGGACAUGCGCACGCACUUCAUCCUCACUCGCAGCACGUCCACACGCCACCUGCCGUUCCUCGGCCUCCUCUCGCAGUCGUGCUGGCGGUCAUUGGAGGACAUGGAGGAGGGCACGUGCCUGGUGGAGGAGACCAAGGAGGAGCACCUGCGCUUCAAGAUGGAGCACCCCGCUGCCAUGGCCACUGCUGCGCAGCUCAUCGACCGUACUGCACCGCACUUCAUCAUUGACCGGCUCAACCUCUCGCACAUACCGGCACCGUCUAAGCCACAGGUUCUCCUGGUGGCGCGGCGUCGGCGGCGCCUGCUCCUGAACGAGGACGCGCUAGUAGCCGCCACACGGGCCAUGGGCCUCCCCAUCUCCGUCGCAGUGCUCGAAGACCUGCCGCUAUACGAGCAGAUCCGGGCCGUCCGUUCGUGCGCGAUCCUCGUGGGUGUGCACGGAUCCGGCCUCCUUAACUCCAUGUUCCUGCACCCGGGCAGUGUGCUCGUGCAGAUCGUGCCGUAUAACGCCACUGGCGCCGAUCGCUUCUACGAGCCGCAGGUUCGGCAGGCCGGAGGCUCGUACAUGGAGGUCCGGGUGACGAACCGUAGCGACAGCGUUUUUCACUGGCACCUGGCGGAGGACCACGGGAGCAAGGUGGGGACGGCGGAGGAGAGAGAGCGGUUUCUGCAGCAAGGCCCGGACGUGCAGCGGGCGUCUGAUGUGUUUUUCAGCUUCUGGGUGAAUCAGGACCUUCAUGUGCCUGUUGGGGAGUUCAGGAGAGUGAUUGGCGAGUCUGCUGCGGAGUGGGAGCGGGGGCGGCGGCAGCAGCAGCAGCAGAAGGGAGAGAAGCAACAGAGGGAGGAUUGGGCAGAGGAGGAGGAGGAUGAAGGGUUCGGAGGAGGGGAGAGGCGUGUGGGUAGGGACAGUAGGGGUGGUGGUGGAGGAAGCAGCUAGUGGUGGCUUGCACAUGGAGUUGAUGGACAAUACCAUACGUCAUGGAGUGCUUUAGUAAUACCGGUACAUUUCAAUCGGUAUUUCUGAGAUUGGAAUAUUCACGUUCAGGCCUGGCGUUUAAAAAAAAACCCCCCUGAGCUGUCGACUAAAAAAAAAAAUUUACCCUGAGGGUUCAGUUUUCAAAAAAUGCCUACCCUGAUU